CGCAGCCAAAUCCCAAAUGUGAAAUGCCAAUGCCAGCUGCUUCCCUUCUAGCUUUACUCUAGGAAUACAAUUACCAAAUUCUUUGGCCGAAUUAUUUAUUUAUAAAAAAAAAAGAAAGAAAUUUUGGAUUCCAUUUUAUUACAAAUAAACAACGUUAGAUUCGAAGCAACUGCCACUCUUAAGUCUUAUCAUUGUUUUGUCGCUGCCAAAAUCAAAAAAAGAUUAUUGCUUUCCGUCUUUCUUCCUAAUUAUUUUCCUCUCACUUCUUUGAUAACAAGAACCACAAUUGGAAGCAAAAGAGCAGGAUCUACUAAUCUCAGGUUUCUUUCUGCAGAAGACCGUUUGCUGCUAACCUUGUUAUAGACUGGAUGGAGUUCCUUUAGCUUCCAAUACAUAAAGUUUUUGGCUACAGAAAUGUAACGCCUGGGUGCUGGCUGCUGAAUAGGAGAGAAAAAGGAAAAAAAAUGGUGCCUGUAUAAAAACUGGAGCAGUGUGAUUUGGAACUCAAAAGAAACUUUAAAUUGACCAUAUGUUGUUUCUUCAUUGUUACUCUAUAUCACAUUUUCUACUCAAACGCGACAGAAGCAUAUGUUACCAAGUUGGCAUAUAGCAUAUGUUUAUUUGGCAGGUGGAUAAAGGUCGGGUUGCCGCUAUGAAUCGCAAUGGUGUUAUAUCUGUAGCAAAAAGCGAGUCUAAAGGAAUCACACAGCCAUAUUUCACUACCAUAUCCCCAAUUCAUGGCUUUUUUAGCGUUGAGUCUGAAGGUCAAAGUUCUAUGACAACUGAAUGUUCUUCACGUCCGUCCCCUUUCAUACCAACAGAGUCUCAGGGCUCUCCAAAAAUUAUGCAAGCAUCUACAGUCCAACCUCCAAAGUAUUGUUUAAAAUCUGGACCAGAUAGCCCUCUGUCUCCUGUUUCUCAUGUUCAUCAUUCUAGGACUACAUUUCAACGAUGUUCAGUGUUCUGCACCAGUUUAUACCUGUCAUCAUCAUCAAGCUCUGAAACUAAUCGGCAGCUUGGAAAUUUGCCAUUUCUUCCACAUCCUCCCACAUACAGCCAGUCUGUUUCUGCUGUUGAUUCAACAAAAUCUACCCUGCUUUUCAAUGGGAAUAUAACCGAUCCACAUGUCGAGGAAGAGCAUUCAGAUGCUUUUGUGAAAGACUUCCUUAAUUUGCCAGGAGAUGCUUCAGAGGGUAGUUUUCAUGGUAUAACUUGUGUUAGUGACAAUUUAGCAUUUACAGAGCAAUUGGAGCUACAGUUUUUGUCUAAUGAACUUGACAUAGCCAUUACAGACCAUGGAGAAAAUCCCAGGGUUGAUGAAAUAUACGAAACAUCUGAAUCAAACACAGCUAUGGGAUUGACAUGCAAUCAGAAUUUUGCCUCUAUGGUCCCAUCUGUUGAUGCUCAUUCAAGUCACCCCUCACCUGGGCCAGCCACAAUGCACAAGCCAAGAAUGAGAUGGACGCCUGAGCUUCAUGAAUGUUUUGUAGAGGCCGUCAACAAACUUGGUGGAGCUGAAAAGGCCACUCCAAAGGGGGUUCUAAAGCUGAUGAAUGUUGAAGGUUUGACCAUCUAUCAUGUGAAAAGCCAUUUACAGAAAUAUCGAAUUGCCAAGUAUUUGCCAGAGAAAAAAGAAGAGAAGAAGGCUUCAUGCUCAGAAGAAAAGAAAGCAGCAUCCGGUGGCAUUGAAGUUGAUGAGCGAAGAAAAGGGACAAUUCAAAUCACUGAGGCACUGCGCAUGCAAAUGGAAGUUCAGAAACAGCUGCAUGAGCAGCUUGAGGUACAAAGAACCCUUCAGCUGCGGAUAGAGGAACAUGCAAGGUAUUUGCAGAAGAUCUUGGAGGAACAACAGAAAGCUGGCAGUGCGUUACUUUCUCCCAAAAGUUUGUCAUCUCAAGAUUCUGAGCUGGCACAGCCAUCACCAUUGGUUGGUGCCCUGCAUGCCCGCGCAGCCGAGUCUAAAACUGACUCGUCAUCACAAUCAAAGCAGAGGGCAUCUGAUAGAAGUGACUUUGAGCAACAAGCAUGCGUUAAAAAGGUGCAUCUAGAGGAGAAGCCAGAAUCAGCAAUGAAAGAGGUUGUGGUUGAGAAUCCUGUGCAAUACUGAUGGCUUCACCAUCGGCAGUAGUAGUAUCGUCCAUUGUUUGCAUGCGUCCAACAUUGUGCAGCUCUUGUAGACUUUGUGAAUCUCUUGUAAAGUAAUAAUUGAAUUGAGAUCUGCUUGAUUUGUUUCUCAGGACAUUUUGGCAGUUCGCACGAUUUAAAUUUGAAGUGGCAUUUGAAAUUUGUUUCCUCAA